AUGUCGACCCCACUCCCCAUCGCCGGCGACUUGGACGCCACAUGGAAAUUCAUCGAGCCCGGGCUCGAGUUCAUCUUGGGGGCGCAAGGCGACCAGGGCGUGACCUCGAAGAUGUACAUGAACUGCUACACGGCGGUGUACAACUACUGCACCAACAAGUCUCGCCACACCAGCGUGGUGAACACGCGGCCCGGCGCCGACAAGACCACGUACUCGCUCACUGGCGCGGAGAUGUACACGCGGUUGGAGCGGUACUUGGCCCGCUUCAUCCAGCACUUGCGGGCGGAGCCGGGCGAGCUGUUUUUGGAGUUCUACGUGCGCACGUGGAAGCGCUACACCAUUGGCGCUGGCUACUUGAACAACGUGUUUGACUACAUGAACCGGUACUGGGUGCAGAAGGAGCGCCUGGACGGGCGGCGCGACGUGUUUGACGUGAACACGUUGGCGUUGCUCCAGUGGAAAGAACACAUGUUUUCCAGCAACGUCGACCAGAUCAUGGCGCAGAUUCUCGACUUGAUCGAGCGCCAGCGCAACAACGAGAUCGUCGACACCAGCGUGAUCCUGGUGGCCGUCAAGCUGAUGGUCUACUUGGGCAUCGACACCAACGACUUGAAGAAACCCAACAUGGUGGUGUACGCCAAGUGCUUCGAGAGCGAGUUCAUGGAGAAGACUGCCGAGUACUACCGCCGCGAGAGCGACAACUUCCUCGCCCUCCACAGCGUGGUGGACUACAUGGUGCGCUGCGAGAGCCGUUUGGCCGAAGAGAUUCUGCGCUCCAGCAACUACUUGGAGGAACGCUCGCGCCGCCACCUUCUCGAUACGCUCCACAACGUGUUGAUCCGCGACCAUGCCCAGGACAUGUACGACCAGUUCUUGCGCUUGUUGGAGCAGAAGGAGAUCGAAAGCAUUCUGCGCAUGUACAAGUUGUUGAGCAAAGUGCCCUCGACUUUGCAGGCGUUGGCCGACAGCUUGGAGGCCCACAUCAAGAGCGAAGCGGCCAAGGCGCUCGAGGAGUUGAAAGCUUCGGCUGAAGCUUCGGAGCCCGACGACAAACCGCGCCGUGGCCAAGGUGCCAUAACCCCCAAAGCUUACGUGCAUGCGCUCAUUCUGCUCCACAGCAAGUUCAACGACGUUGUGUGCGGCGCCUUCAAGAAAGACCCGCUUUUCAUCAAGGCGUUGGAUGCGGCGUGCCGCUAUUUUGUCAACGUCAACGUCAUUGCCACUCCUACACCUCGCGCUUCCAGCAAGACCCCGGAGCUUUUGGCUCGGUACGCCGACGGAUUCUUGAAAGCAACCUCAAAGGAGACAGACGUGGCCAACAUGACCGCAGACAACUUGGUGCUUGUGUUGAAGUACGUUGAAAACAAAGAUGUGUUUGAAAACAACUAUCGCCGCUUGUUGGCGAAGCGUUUGAUCAACGCCAACACGAAAAGCGACGAGUUGGAAGAAGGCAUUUUGCAGAGGUUGCAGGAGGGCAACUCCUUGGAGUUCACCUCCAAAAUCACCAAAAUGUUCCAGGACAUGAAAUCGUCGCAGGAUUUGAAGGGCCGUGUCCGUGAAAUCGUGGGUAACUCUGUGGUCAGCGACUUCACUCCGCUUGUGUUGGCCCAAAGUAUGUGGCCAUUUACACACCUAGACGACUAUAAUCUCAAGCUCGCGCCAGAACUUGUGCGGGCCAUCGAGGUGGUGGAGGAUGAGUAUACGAAAAAACACAAUGGGCGAGAGUUGCAAUGGUUAUGGAACCACGGAAAGAGCGAGGUCAAGGCCAACUUGGCCCGCCGCGGCAAACCGCCUUUCAUUUUCACCGUCACCAAUGUCCAGCUUAUGAUUCUUCUUGCGUUCAACAAGGCCACCACGCUCACGUUUUCCGAGCUCCACGAAACCGUUGGGGUCGCACAGCAUGUUUUCGAAGCGCAUUUAUCCCCUUUCACCAAGUUCAAAUUGCUUGAGCAGAAUCCACCAGACGCUGCAAGCUUCAACGCGCCAAAUACAACCUUUACAAUUGUGUCUGAGUACAAGUCUAAGAAGUUGAAGGUGAACUUUGUCAGCACGAUCAAGAACGAACAAAAACAGGAGGAAGUCGACACCACACGCGAGAUUGACGAGUCUCGUAAGAACUAUCUUACAGCCAGCAUUGUGCGGAUCAUGAAAGCACGCAAGACCAUGAAACACAACGACUUGGUCAAUGAGGUGUUGCUCCAGGCACAUCUGCGUUUCAAGGCGAAACUUAUAGACCUCAAGCGGGCCAUUGAGUACUUGCUUGACAAGGAGUACAUCGCACGGUGUGACGGCGACUCCUACGAGUAUCUAGCAUGA